CAGCACAAGAGUAAUACAUGUAAUUGGCAAGGGAAGCCCAAAAUUAACCACUCGAAAUGCAAGGAGAAACGCGACAGCUUGGCAAAGCAUUGAUGGACCGGUGGGGGUCUUGCCUUAUUGACAUGGCUGGAACCGCAACACAGCAACAUCUGCCCUGUUUACUAGUAUAAACCAUCGAGGACGUGAACAACCAACCGCCAUCUUCUAAUAAUAGCUACAGCUUGAUAUCACAGUAGCUAGCAAGAAAUCAUGAGUCAACAACAGCAAGCACCAGCGGCAAUGGCAUCCACAGCCGACAACAAUGAUGAUGAAGUAGAAACAACGCUCCAAGCCAUGGCCGAAGUCCAACGGAAGCGACAGACCGAACUGCAUCGUCAGACUCCUACCUGGUCGACACAGUAUCAAGAACGCCGGUGUGGCCAUUGCGACGAUUGUUACAAGGAAUUGCCCUGUCUGGUGACCUCUGUCGAUACCGAACAACCCGGUGCCUUUACCGUGUCCGCUUCGGCCACCACGGCACGAGUGCAGCGAUUCCACAACAGCAGUGGUCGGAUGUCCCAUCACAGUAGUGGCCCCGUGUCGUUGCAUUCCAGUCUGGCAUCCAUGGACGACAGCAGUAGGCGACUACGAUCAGCAUCCGUCAAUGUCGAUACCAGUGUGGCAGUGGCCGCUGUAGUGGUGGAGGAUCAAGACGAGGCACAUCGGCAACGCGAACAAGAAUUAGCACAACACGAAGCGCAAUUGUCGGCACGAGAAGCACAGCUGCAAGCGUGGCAAGAAGAAUUGGAACGACAACGACAAGAAUUGACACAACAACAAGAACCACAGCCAUCAGAAUCAGUACCAGUGGCACCAUUAUCAUCCUCCGUGGUGGUGGCGGUACCGGAAGAAACAAUUGAACGCAAUGAACUCGGUUCCGGUCCCAUGCGAUUUGCACCCAACAACAGCAUGAGAUCGUCGCAAGCACAAGUCAUGGGAUUGGAUUCCAACAUGAUACUUUAUCUACAAGAAAUUGAACAAAAAUGGAAUCAGCGACAAGCCAAACUCGCACGACAACAUGGACGAGACUGUCGGGCAUGCUUGCCACUGACACCCCAAUGGCACAUGCGAUUUCUCUGGUUCUACGCCAAAGCAGCCAAACCGCAACGGCGGCGUCGACUCAGUACGCAACCAGCACCUCAUUCCACUACUACUACUACUGUUAGCUACCAAGUCAACAUGAAAAAGGUGUGGGCGGCCGAAAAGAAACUGCAAAAACGAUUCGUCGCACUCAACGUCGCCACGCUAGGGCCGCAACUCUAUUCCAAAACAUUGUUCCCGGUACCCGGUUUGACUACCAAAGGAGGACAUCCCAUGUUUUACAUGCGACCCUCGCGGUAUUUUCCCAAACACACUGAUACCAAAACGAUCAUUGACAAUUUAAUCUAUGUCAUGAACACCAUGUUGGAGAAUAGUCAAUUUGCACAAAAAGAAGGCAUUGGAUUCAUUGCCUGUAUGGAUUCCUGGAAAAUGGUCAACUUUGAAGUAUCGUACUGUUACCAGUUCAUGAUGGCAUUGCAAGGAUUCAUGGUACCCGUCAAGACGCAGCUCUUUCUCAUUGUCAAUCCACCCAGUUGGUUUGGAGCGAUUUGGAAAAUUAUGAAACCCAUGUUGGCACCGUCCUUUCAGAAAAAGGUCAAGAUUGUCCCCGAAUCCAAAAUACACAAGUAUCUGGCGCCGGGAUUUGAACAAGUAUUGCCCAACGAUAUGCAAUCCGGUCAAGCCAAUACCGAUGCCAUGGUCGUCGAUUUUAUCGCGUAUCGACAAUACGUCGAACAGGGACAAGUCGAGUACAACAUUAACAAUAUUCAUCAUCAUCACCAUCAUCAUCACGACGCUUCCACUGUGGGAGGAGAGAGCUCGACAGGAGACGUCUCGUGCGAUGAUCCUGACGAGUGUCGUCGUCAUCAUCACGGUCCAGAUCACACGGAUCACACGGAUUCCAUGCACGAUUCCUUGGGCAAUCUCACCGGUACCUUUUCCAUUCCCACAACGUCGUCGUCCAGUGGUGGUGGCGAUUUGGGGGAUGACGAUGGUGCAUCGAUUCAUUGCGAUAUCGACAAUGAAGAUGCAUUGGAUGACGCCGACAUGAAGCAAUCGUCGGAAGUUUUCAUUGCCAACAUGCCUCGAUUUGAUCAUCGGUGGUAGUUUGUAAACUGCAAACUAAACUAACUAGCUGUUGACGAUUGAUUUUC